UAUCAUUAUCAUUUUUUUACCUUUUUGUGAUAUCUCUUGUGCCAAAAUUUAAAUGAUAAAUUAGAUUGAGAUGCUUUAAUCGUAGACAUGAAAACAUUGAAUGUUAUAUAUUUAAAUUAUACGUUACAUUACUACUAAAAAUGGGUCCCAUUCCUGUCGAUCGAAUUAUAAGUAUAAGUAGUGAAGAUCAGAAUCAUAAAGCAGAAAAUAUAUUAAAUUGCAAAGAUUCACAUAAAACUUGGAGAUGUAAAUCAGGUGAAAAAAAUGCCACAAUAAUUUUACAAUUUCUUAAACCAUCAAUUAUCAAUUCAGUCGAUGUUGGAAAUGAUAAUUCAGCAUUUAUUGAAAUUUUUGUUGGAAACUCUAUGUCAGAUGAUUUUCAACUUCUACUUGCCACAUCUUCAUUAAUGUCUUUACACGACUGUAAAAAUAAUUUAAAUGUUAACAAAGUUCGAUUUUUUGGCGCUAAUCAACUGACUUCAUUGUGUAAAGAAUCAUGGGAUAGAAUAAAGAUUGUAUGUUCUCAACCAUACAUAAAGCUAGUGAAUUAUGGACUUUCAUUUGUGACAUUUCAUUCCAAAGACAAGCCUGAGAAACCACCAAAAGAAUCUAAUUUGUGCAAAACAAUCCAAUUAGGAUCAUUUACUUUAAAGAGUGAUGAUGACAAUGGUGAUGAUAUAACAUUAGCAGGACGACUUUUUGCUAAGCGAAAUGAAGUUAAACCUAUUGUAAAAAUACCUGAAUCUCCUGUAAGCCGUUUACUUUCAUCAGCAAAAAAAAAAAUUAAUAUACUUGAUCCUCAAAAAUGUACAACUAAAAAUAGCUCAAUAGAAAAUUCUAAGCCUAUUAAAAAACAAACAGAUAUUUCAAAACAAAAUUUGAUCGUACAAUCAUCUACUCAUGACAAAGUGAUCAAAAAAGCAGAAAAUUCACCCAACUUGAUAUCUGGUAUACCUAAAAAAAGAAUUAAAGUAUCAAACAAUCCAUUACCUUCAAAAAAAAAAUUUGGUAAAUUGUUAGAAAAUGUUGUAUUUACAAUGAGUGGUUAUGAAAAUCCAUAUCGCAGUAAUGUACGAGAUAAAGCAUCUGAAAUGGGUGCUAAGUAUAAAACUAAUUGGGAUUUAUCUUGUACUCAUUUAAUAUGCGCUUUUAUUAAUACACCAAAAUACAAAGAAGCUAAAGUAAAUGGUUGUCGAUAUAUUGUUAAAAGUGAGUGGAUUGAUAAAUGCCAUGCAAACAAAUGCCGUUACCCAUGGAGAAGAUUUGCCUUAGAUAAAUUGGAACAAAAUAAACCUGAAAGUGAAGAUGAAAUUCACGAACUAGUUGACAAAGAAGGAGAUAAAAAUGAUGAGUGGGAAACUGAAUCUCUAAGACAAUUACCAUCAACUUCUCAAGACGGAAUACUAGACAACAUAUAUGAUGCUGAUACAGAUAUUGAUUCUGAUUCAGAUAUUCCAAUUGAUAUUUUAUUGGAUAAAAGUAACAUAGCAUUACCACAAUUGGAUAAUACUUUUAAUAACUGUUCAUUUUAUUUAUCGCCAUGCUUGAAUUCAUUGCAAAAAAAGGAAUGUAGUCGUUAUAUUAUUGCACUUAACGGUAAUAUAAGUUCAAUGGAUGAAAGUGACUAUAUUGUUUCAACAGAUUCAAAUAAGUUACAGUUUAAGGUACCUGUGGUUUCGCCUCAAUGGAUUUGGGAUUGUUAUGAUGCCAAAAAAAAGCUUCCAACAUAAUCAAAAAUAGAAACUCAAUUCAAUUAAUUAUAAAAUAUUCAAAAUAUAUAAUAAAAUAUUCUUAUAAUAAAAUA